AUGAGAUGUAUACAUGGUAGAGCUCCCACGGGUCCACUUCACUGGGACUUAGCGUUUGAAGGAGCGACGAUCCCUGAAAAAUGUGAGGCUUAUAGCGAGACCUGUGAUGGAUUCAGGGGUGUCAUUGAACUAUGUUGGACGAAUUGCAGUCCAUAUAGCUCAAAGAAUGCGAGAAUAUCAAUUCAUGUUAAGGAUAAAUAUCGUUUUGCAAUGAAGAUUCGUUUUGUGUCAGAGGACCUUUGA